GCUAAACUUCAGCUAAAAUAAGCUGAAAGUACUUCACUACUACUAUUUGAGCAGUACAGGAGGAACAAAAUGUGUUUAGAAACAUUUCCCUCUGUACUGGUUUGGUACUUCAGUGGCUCCUAUUCAUAAAGAAUUCAUCUCUAUCUUGGGCAGUAAUGCAGGAGAGCUAUCCCUGGAGAAGAGAUGGGCGCGGGGGGGGUGCUGAGAAGCAGAAGAGGGUGGAGGUGGGCUGUGUUUUGAACUGGAUUAUCUCCAUCACUCCAUAUGCUGUAGCAAAUUAUCUGUAAAGGAAAGAAUUGAAGGGAGGAAAUGCGGAGUGGAAUACGCUGACGGUCAACCUGUCAAAUUUGAGGCUCUGUGUGGGUUAAGGACAAAUGAACAGCAAAAGAACUUGGCUGUUAGUGUCUCUCUUCUCUUCUGCUGCGGUUGAGAGGGCUGAAGAGGAGGCAGCUGUGUGGCUGGGAGCAGACCCAGCCAGAAACACCAUAGAAGUACUGAGAAGGCAACAGGAAGCCAAGAACAGCCAGAGAAGCACUUUUAAUGUGACCUUGAGAGAGAGCUGAGAAACAGCUUUUUGGAUAGAAUGCUGGCUGGAAAAAAAGCCAUGGAAUAUUAAGCAAGGAAACUACUGUUUGAUUCCUACUGUGUUCAGGGAAACAGGACUUUUCAUAUAUUUGGUCUACAUUACAGAGUUAAGUAGACUCAAGACAGCUGAUGACCUAAGUGUCUACACUAAAAAUUUGCUCCUGCUGAUGUAACUGCCCCGCUACACCGACUUAACUCCACCUCCAUCAGAGGUGUAGAGUCAGCACUAGCUAGGUUGGUGCAGUUAGGUCGAUGCAGUGUCAGUAUAGACUUACAUCGACUGUUACUGGCUUUCAGAAUCCAUCCCGCAAUGCCCUGCACUGACAGUAGAGUCGGUACAAAUGCUCCUGGUGAUGAGCACCAUCAACACAAGGAGCAUAGUGUGGCCACGCAAAAACGAUUUAAUUACUGACAUCAACAUACAGCUUCUGAACUUAAGUUGACUCAAUUUUGUAGUGUAGACAUGCCCUGAGGGAGCCCUACAUCAACUCAAUGGUUAGAGCACCCGCCUGCAGGGCAACAGACCCCCCUGUUCAAAGCCUUUCUCCCUCUGAUAGAGGGGGGGAAUUGGAGUUGGGUGUCCCACAUCUCAGACAAGUGUGCUGAAAGUUGAGAUGGGCACCACCACCUCCUCUGGCCAUUUCCCUCAAGAAACAUCUAAGGUGCCUAAGCUGCCUGAUUCCAGGAUUCCUGUUUGCGGAACCCUGACAGAGAGAGUUCCUCCCUGCAGCCUGGAAUUAGGUGCCUAUCUCUCAGGUGUGGGGAGGAGGGAGUGCUUUAGGACAUUUUGAUAUCUCCCAGUGUGUAUUGACAGGACAGAUGGAAAGUUAAGGUAAGCGCUGUAUGUGUUAAUUGCACGAAUUUUGGAAAGAAAAGUCAAUGGGAGACAUGCUUCACUACAGGUGUACUAAAGAAACUAGCAAGGCUUCACUAACUGAAUAACCACACUGAACAUUUUAUUCCUCACAAAAAGAUGAAAUAUUUCAUGCCCAGAAAAGUCGGUGUCCCUUCUACCUUCCCCAUCCUCCAAAUUUCUUUCAGUAAAGUAAACUUUGGCUUCUCUCAAAGGCAAGGGUUUGAGAGACUGAUUUAUUGUUCUUCCCCUCAACCUAAAAUGGGGAGGGAGAAAACGCUUCUGGUUCCUCUCCAGUCUUUCAGCCAUCUGUCUCUGCCUCCUUUCUCCUGUGCAUCCCCAAAGGCAAAUGAGGCUGCAGAAUGUGUAUGGAGACGCCAAAUUCUGAUUUUCCAAGAGCUCUUUUUGACCAAAGGCCAACCUUGCUUUCGUUAUUUCUUUAUUAGUCCUAAGCACGCACAUCCUCAUUGGCUCCAUACAGCUCCUGGGUUUUAUGGCGGGAACAGGGUUUAUCAUAAAAUACUCCACAGAAUACAUGGCUCAACAUGAUUGACAAGAAAUAUGUAAAUGCUGCUGGCUAAUACUUUGGUGGGGGGCUUUCAAGAAAACUUCAGUGUGCUUUAGUAAGUAAUAUUGGGGGGUUCAUUGGUUGACAGACUACCUGAGAAAUGUGAGUGCCCCAGGUGAAAUUCCCACUUGGUUCUAAACAAACAAAAAAGGAUGAAAAUAUUAUAAUGUAUAUUUUAAGCCUGAAAAGGGGUUUGUCUGUUUUUUUUUUUUUUUUAAAAAGCAAAACAAGUGCAAUGCUUUUUUCUGAUUUAAGAAAAAAAAAAUUUCAGUCACAAAUUUAAUUAACACAUUUUAUUUAUUUAACAAGCAUCAUCAGCAUGGAAGCAUGUCCACUGGAAUGGUGGCUGAAGCAUGAAGGGGCAUACAAAUGUUUAGCAUAUCUUUACAGUGACCAGAUGUCCUGAUUUUAUAGGGACAGUUCUGAUUUUUGGGUCUUUUUCUUACAUAGGCUUCUAUUACCGCCUACCCCUGUCUUGAUUUUUCACACUUGCUGUCUGGUCACCCUACAUAUCUGGCACAUAAAUACCUUGCAAUGCCAGCUACAGAAGUGCCUGUUCUCACUUUCUGGUGAUGUUGUAAAUAAGAAGAGGGCAGCAUUAUCUCCUGUAAAUGUAAACAAAUAUGUUUGUCUUAGCGAUUGGCUGAACAAGAAGUAGGACUGAGUGCACUUGUAGGCUCUGAAGUUUUACAUUGUUUCUGAGUGCAGUUUUGUAACAAAAAAAUUUACAUUUGUAAAUUGCACUUUCACCACACAGAAAUUGCACUACAGUACUUGUAUGAGGGUAAUUGAAAAAUACUUUCUUUUGUUUAUCUUUUACAGUGCAAAUAAUUGUAUUCAAGAAUAAUGAUAUGCUUUGACUUCAAUUACAACACAGAAUACAAUAUAUAUGAAAAUGUAGAAAAACAUCCAAAAUAUGUAAUACAUUUAAAUUGGUUUCAGAGUAACAGCCGUGUUAGUCUGUAUUCGCAAAAAGAAAAGGAGUACUUGUGGCACCUUAGAGACUAACCAAUUUAUUUGAGCAUGAGCUUUCGUGAGCUACAGCUCACUUCAUCGGAUGCAUACCGUGGAUACUGCAGCAGACUUUAUAUACACACAGAGAUCAUGAAACAAUACCUCCUCCCACCCCACUGUCCUGCUGGUAACAGCUUAUCUAAAGUGAUCAUCAAGUUGGGCCAUUUCCAGCACAAAUCCAGGUUUUCUCACCCUCCACCCCCACACACACACAAACUCACUCUCCUGCUGGUAAUAGCCCAUCCAAAGUGACAACUCUCUACACAAUGUGCAUGAUAAUCAAGGUGGGCCAUUUCCUGCACAAAUCCAGGUUCCCUCACCCCCCUCCAAAAACCACACACACAAACUCACUAUCCUGCUGGUAAUAGCUCAUCCAAAGUGACCACUCUCCCUACAAUGUGCAUGAUAAUCAAGGUGGGCCAUUUCCAGCACAAAUCCAGGUUUUCUCACCCCCCACUCCCCCCCAUACACACACAAACUCACUCUCCUGCUGGCAAUAGCUCAUCCAAACUGACCACUCUCCAAGUUUAAAUCCAAGUUUAACCAGAACGUCUGGGGGGAUGGGGGGUAGGAAAAAAUAAGGGGAAAUAGGCUACCUUGCAUAAUGACUUAGCCACUCCCAGUCUCUAUUUAAGCCUAAAUUAAUAGUAUCCAAUUUGCAAAUGAAUUCCAAUUCAGCAGUUUCUCGCUGGAGUCUGGAUUUGAAGUUUUUUUGUUUUAAGAUAGCAACCUUCAUGUCUGUGAUUGCGUGACCAGAGAGAUUGAAGUGUUCUCCGACUGGUUUAUGAUUCUAUUGUUUAACAGUAAAACUGCGAUUAAUCGAGAUUAAUUUUUGUAAUUGUGAUUAAUUUUUUUGAGUUAAUCGCGAGUUAACUGCAAUUAAUCGACCGCCCUAAUCUGUACAUUUAAACACUUGUUCAACUUACCUUGUUUUAUCUUCAGUCUAUAUCAGCAUAUUUUAAAUUCCCUGGGUAACGGUCAAGAUGCACAUGUUCUACUCCAAACACAGACUUUUGUGUCUUUGAUAUCAGACGUUUGAUCUAAGCUAAAAACUGCUUAUUUCGUUACUCCACUAACUUUCCUCAAAUGCUUGUGUGAUGGGUUUGGUCACAGAGACCCCUCCCUUUGGACUGUCACCUGAUGUGCUGAAACUCUGAGCCUGUUUUCCCUGUCAGCUUGGGACUCCAGAACCCUAUUUUGUUGAGCCAGAUACGCAAGCCUGCUGCAACACAGACCCAGCGACUGAACUACGUCCCCAAAGCUGCAGGCUUUAACUGAAAAACCACUCAGCAGGUACUCCUGUCUCCAGCACCCAGACACCCAGCUCCCACUGGGAUCCAAACCCCAAAUAAAUCAGUUUUACUCUGUACAAAGCUUAUACAGGGUAAACUCAUAAACUGUCCAUCCUCUAUAACACUUAUAGAGAGAUACGCACAGCUGUUUGCUCCCUUACGUAUUAAUCACUUACUAUGCGUUCAAUAAUAAGUGAUUUUAUUAAGAAUAAAAAGUAGGAUUUAAGUGGUUCCAAGUAAUAACAGACACAGCAAAGUAAGUUACCAAGCAAAAUAAAAUAAAACAUGCAAGUCUAAGCCUAAUAGAUUUAAGAAACUGAAUACAGGUAAAUCUCACCCUCAGAGAUGUUCCAAUAAGCUGCUUUCACAGACUAGACUCCUUUCUAGCCUUGGUCUACGCUAGGAGUUGAUGUCGAAUUUAGCAGCGUUAAAUCUAUGUAAACCUGCACCCGUCCACAUGAUGAAGCCCUUUUUUUUUACUUAAAGGGCUCUUAAAAUCAAUUUCCUUAAUUCACCUCUGACAAAUGGAUUAGCGCUUAAAUCGGCUUUGCCGGGUCGAAUUUGGGGUACUGUGGAUGCAAUUAGAUGGUAUUGGCCUCCGGGAGCUAUCCCAGAGUGCUCUAUUGUGACCGCUCUGGACAGCACUCUCAACUCAGAUGCACUGGCCAGGUAGACAGGAAAAGGCCCGCAAACUUUUGAAUUUCAAUUUCCUGUUUGCAUGGUCACCUGCAGCUUGCCACGCUGGCCGGAGCUCAUCAGCGGAGGUGCCCAUGAUGGAGUUCCAGAAUCGCAAAAGAGCUCCAGCAUGGACUGAACGGGAGGUACGGGAUCUGAUCGCUGUAUGGGGAGAGGAAUCUGUGCUAUCAGAACUCCGUUCCGGUUUUCGAAAUGCCAAAACAUUUGUCAAAAUCUCCCAGGGCAUGAAGGACAGAGGCUGUAACAGGGACCCAAAGCAAUGCCGCGUGAAACUUAAGGAGCUGAGGCAAGCCUACCAGAAAACCAGAGAGGCAAAUGGCCGCUCCGGGUCAGAGCCCCAAACGUGCCGCUUCUAUGAUGAGCUGCAGGCCAUUUUAGGGGGUUCAGCCACCACUACCCCAGCCGUGUUGUUUCACUCCUUCAAUGGAGAUGGAGGCAACACAGAAGCAGGUUCUGAGGACAAGAAAGAUAGCUCACAGCAAGCAAGCGGAGAAACCGGUUUUCCCGACUGCCAGGAACUGUUUCUCACCCUGGACCUGGAGCCAGUCCCCCCCGAACCCACCCAAGGCUGCCUCCCGGACCCGCCAGGCGGAGAAGGGACCUCUGCUGCAUGUGUUUCAAUGAUCACAGGAUCUUCUCCUUCCCAGAGGCUAGUGAAGAUUAGAAGGCGAAAAAAACGCACUUGUGAUGAAAUGUUCUCUGAGCUCAUGCUGUCCUCCCAUACUGACAUAGCACAGACGAAUGCGUGGAGGCAGACAAUGCCAGAGUGCAGGAAAGCACAAUAUGACCACAAGGAGAGGUGAUGGGCUGAAGAGAGUAAGUGGUGGGCUGAAGAGAGGGCUGAAGCUGAAAGGUGGCAGCAGUGUGAUGAGAGGAGGCAGGAUUCAAUGCUGAGACUGCUGGAGGAUCAAACCAAUGUGCUCCAGCGUAUGGUUGAGCUGCAGGAAAGGCAGCAGGAGCACAGACCGCCGCUACAGCCCUUGUGUAACCAACUGCCCUCCUCCCCAAGUUCCAUAGCCUCCUCACCCAGAUGCCCAAGAACGCGGUGGGGGGGCCUCCAGCCACCCGGCCACUCCACCCCAUAGGAUUGCCCAAGCAACAGAAGGCUGGCAUUCAAUAAGUUUCAAAGUGCUGUGUGGCCUUGUCCUUCCCUCCUCCACCAUCCCUCCUGGUGCUUCUCUCCUCCACCACCCCUCCUGGUCUACCUUGGUAGUUAUCCCCCUAUUUGUGUGAUGAAUGAAUAAAGAAUGCAUGAAUUUGAAGCAACAAUGACUUUAUUGCCUCUGCAAGCGGUGAUCGAGGGAGGAGGGGAGUGUGGUUAGCUUACAGGGAAGUAGAGUGAACCAAGGGGC